AUGACUGCUUAUUGGGACACUGAGGCAGCAGUGGGAAAGAGCCGCAAGGCAUCAGCAGCUCGUUUGUCUGAACGUAAUGGUCUUGGUAUUCACAAGCAUAACUCAGGACAGAAGUCCUAUAUGCAAAUCGAACAGGAGCUGACAGUGGAGUUGGGAAGACCUGUGAGUUUUGGUGAAGUAUUCAUCAAGGCUCAUACAAGAAAAGAUGGAACCUAUGUUGAUUUCAAAGCAGAAAAAGUUGCUGAGGCUUACAAAAAGAAAAAGGAAGAGAAGUUGGCUAACCUUGAGAAGGAUAACACUGAAAUCUCAGAGGGGCUUUUGCUAGCAAUAGAAGAGGACAACGAGCUGUUUAUUCAGUCAACUUUCUGCAAUGACAGAGGAGACCUUUUUGGUAUUGGAAGCCUGAAGAAGAAGCUUAAGAGAAAACCAAAUGACCCGAUCAGCUCCUAUUAUUUCAUGCACAUGCAACAAAAGCUUGAAGAAGCUGAACUCAAGAUAAAAGAACAAGAAGCCCGUAUUGCCAAGGCUGAGGCAGACCGUGCACUGGAACAAGCUACUAACCAGGCUAAGAUGGCUGAGUUCUCCCUUAUGCACAAGUACAUGCGUUCAACUGACCAAAAAUACCUUGAUUUCAUUGCCUCUGAAGCAUCAUCUCCAGCUCCUCCUGAUCAGUAA